CAUAUCCAAGUAUCCAACCCGACCGCCUCGUUGGCUGGUUCCAAGGAGGGGGGAAGAAAAAGAAAGAAAGCGAGAUCAGACUUCAGAGUUCCGAAGCUCGAAGCCGAUGGCGAAGCCGGAAAGUAGCAACAGAGGCUCCAGAUGGUCACUCAAGGGAAUGACUGCUCUUGUCACUGGUGGAACUCGUGGAAUUGGGCAUGCUGUGGUGGAGGAACUAGCCGACUUUGGCGCUACCGUGUACACCUGUUCUAGGAACGAGGAGGAGCUCAAUAAAUGCUUGAAGGAGUGGCAAGAUCAAGGCUUUACGGUUUAUGGGUCGGUUUGGGAUGUGUCGUCUCGGCCCCAGAGACUGAAGCUUAUAGAAGACAUGGCUUCUAAACUCAACGGCAAGUUAAACAUCCUUGUAAAUAACGUUGGAACAAAUAUGAGGAAGCCAACAGUUGAUUAUAAUGCCGAAGAUUAUAUGAAGUUGAUGAACACUAACUUGGACUCGGCAUACCAUCUAUGCCAACUUGCGUAUUCCCUUCUCAAAGCAUCUGGAAAUGGAAGCAUCGUGUUCAUUUCCUCAGUUGCAGGUCUGUCAAAUAUAGGUACCGGAACCAUUUAUGCUGCAGCUAAAGCUGCAAUCAAUCAACUUACGAAAAAUCUUGCUUGUGAAUGGGCAAAAGACAAUAUAAGGAGCAACUGUGUUGCACCGUGGUAUACAAAAACCUCACUCGUGGAACAUUUGCUUGAAGACAAAGAGUUUGUGAAUGAAAUCCUAGCUCGAACGCCGAUAAAGAGAAUAGCAGAAGCACAUGAAGUGUCAUCCUUGGUGGCUUUCCUUUGUCUACCUGCUGCAUCCUACAUCAAUGGACAGGUUGUUUCUGUUGAUGGAGGAAUGACCGUCAAUGCAUUUCAGUUCAACAUGAAAUCAACCUAAAGCAAUAUUUUCUUUUCCGGACUGAUGUUGCCCUUCUGUUGACAGGGUUUAGCCACCCAUUCAACUAAGAUGUGUGGAAUUUUUGGCCUGUUAUUGUUGAUUGUAAUUUCUAAUUUGUAUUCGUCACUGUUUAGUGUGACUUAUUUAACAUGCUAAAAUUAAACGUUUUUUAAUAAUUUAAACGUUUUAUUAUUA